CAAAUAGCGUAUUGUCCUUCAACACCCAACAAGGGAAAGGGACAAGACAAGCAGCCCUUCGGAGAUCUCAAGAGUCUUUUCACUUGUCCUUCUUCUUCCUCUUCUUCAACCUCGUUUUCUCCGAACUCACUCUCUCUCUCUCUCUCUCUCUCUCUCUCUCUCUCUCUUAUAAACCCUUUUUCUCCAUUAAUCAAUCACUAUUAUGGCGACCCUUUAUUCAACUCAUUGUCGUUCAUUCCCAUCUUCUUCUUCGUUUCCAUCUUCUUCUUUGUCGUCUAACCAAUCUGCUGUUACUUUCUCUAACCGUUUUCUUGCUGCUACUGUCUCUCUCAAAUCUCAACACAAUUUGUUACAACAGGUUUCAGUUCAUACUCAACAACAUGAUGGUACUGUUGGAGCCAAUGUAACCCCUGUUGAAAACAACCAUAGUGGCAAGCGGUUGAGACCUGAAUUAUUGUCGGUUUUAUCCUCCAUGGAAUCUAAAGUUGAAGACGGUGCUGAAAAGGAUGAAAAUGAGUGCACUGUUAGUAUAACUGUUGUUGGAGCCUCUGGAGACCUUGCCAAGAAGAAGAUAUUUCCAGCACUUUUUGCACUUUACUAUGAGGGUUGUCUGCCUAAGCACUUCACCAUUUGUGGUUAUGCUCGAAGUAAGAUGACUGAUGCAGAACUGAGAAAUAUGGUCAGCAAGACUCUUACCUGUAGAAUUGAUAAGAGAGAGAACUGCAGUGAAAAGAUGGACCAAUUUCUUAAAAGAUGUUUCUAUCAUUCUGGCCAAUAUGAUUCUCCGGAAAAUUUUGCAGCACUGGACAAGAAGCUGAAUGAACAUGAGGGUGGGAGAACUUCUAAUCGCCUGUUUUAUCUUUCGAUUCCUCCUAAUAUAUUCGUAGAUGCUGUAAAAUGCGCAAGCUUGUCAGCAUCUUCUGGGAAUGGUGGUUGGACUAGAGUCAUUGUUGAAAAGCCUUUUGGUCGUGAUUCAGAAUCCUCAGCUGCUUUAACAAGAUCACUGAAGCAGUAUCUGACUGAGGAUCAAAUUUUCAGGAUUGAUCACUAUCUUGGGAAAGAGCUUGUGGAAAAUCUUUCUGUUCUCCGAUUCUCAAAUCUCAUUUUUGAACCUUUGUGGUCGAGGCAAUACAUAAGAAAUGUACAGUUGAUAUUCUCAGAAGAUUUUGGUACCGAAGGACGUGGCGGGUACUUUGACAAUUAUGGUAUAAUUAGAGAUAUUAUGCAGAAUCAUCUACUUCAAAUACUAGCCCUCUUUGCAAUGGAAACCCCUGUUAGUUUGGAUGCAGAGGACAUUAGAAAUGAAAAGGUCAAGGUUCUUCGUUCUAUGAGACCGAUUAAACUCGAGGAUGUAGUUUUAGGCCAGUAUAAGAACCACACAAGAGGAGGUGUUGCAUAUCCAGCCUACAUUGAUGACAAAACUGUACCAAAGGGAAGCUUAACCCCGACAUUUGCCGCAGCUGCCCUCUUCAUAGAUAAUGCAAGAUGGGAUGGGGUGCCUUUUUUGAUGAAGGCUGGGAAAGCAUUACACACCAAGAGAGCCGAGAUACGGGUACAGUUCAGGCACGUGCCAGGCAAUCUGUACAAUCGGAAUUUUGGGGCCGAUCUUGAUCAUGCUACAAAUGAACUUGUUAUAAGAGUUCAGCCAGAUGAAGCUAUUUAUUUGAAAAUCAACAACAAAAUACCAGGGUUAGGAAUGAAGUUGGACCGCAGUAAUUUAAAUCUUCAUUAUGCAGCAAGAUACUCGAAGGAGAUACCAGAUGCUUAUGAGAGGUUGCUUCUUGAUGCAAUUGAAGGAGAAAGAAGACUCUUUAUUCGCAGUGAUGAACUCGAUGCUGCUUGGUCACUCUUUACACCCGUGUUGAAUGAAAUAGAAGAGAAAAAAAUAACCCCAGAGUACUAUCCUUAUGGUAGUCGUGGUCCAGUUUGUGCUCACUAUCUCGCGGCCAGAUACAAUGUACGAUGGGGAGACCUUGGAUUAGAUGUAGAGCAAUAGUCAUUCACAUUUUGUUGCACCUGAUCGGCCUCAAAUGUUACCUAACACACAUGUCGAUUUGUGGUUUCUUGUUCGGGUGCAGUUUUUUUUCUUCAAGUCAAGAGUGUGUCAUAGUAAAAUUGGUAUGGUAGGCAUACAUGAAACCAUGUAAAGUAGUAAUAAAGUAUUAAAGUCAAGAGUAGUGUAAUGAAGCAUUCAGAUUUUUCAUUUUAUUUUUGGUUUGGUGGAGGGAAUUGGGAUGGUGAAGCUUCAUGUAAUUUUCAUUUGAAUGUAUUUUGAAUAGAGGGAAUAAUCAAUUUAGAUCUUGAAAUUGUAUGACUUUGGUCUUUCAAAUUAACGAAAUUUUA